AUGGCGCUAAUCACUAGCAGUCCAAGGGUGCUCCGGGCUGGCAAAGAGACAGUCCAUUGUAAACGGGCUGCUAUACCUGACAUAUUCAAUAGCUUCUUUGUGAUACAUUGGUGUCUUGAUGUGAGAGGGACUGCUUCUGACAGAGACCGUUUCAAUUGGACUAUAAAUUUAUCCUACGGUAUAAUUUUAAUACUUAGGGUAAGACACUGUGAAAGAGCGAUUCCCAGAACGUCUAUGAAUAUCCAAUAUCUCCUUUGCGCCACAGCCCUUGCCAUCAAAGCUGGAGACCAUCCUAAAGUCACUGAAAUCCUGGACAGUGGCCUACAAGUAGCGACACCUGGACACUUUCUCCUUGCGACACAAAAAAAGGAUUAUGCUACACUUAAGCUGUUCCUGUCUCAUGGAUGGGAUAUCAAUACGGAUAUCGAUAGUCUCGUUCCAUCCGCAUUAGUCUACGCCUUUGAAGAUGUAGAGCUUCUCGACUGGUUCCUGGACCAUGGCGCGGACCCGAACAAAGAAAGUCGUAUUCGGGAUUGUACACCGCUCUCCUACGCUGUCAUGGAAGCGCCAUUCAACAUUGUUAAGUAUCUUUUCGAAAAUGGCGGUCAACUUAAGCGUGGGCAGCUCUUACAUUACGCGGCUAUGCGACGCAAGGAUGACAGUUAUGAGGUGCUACAAUUUAUCUACAACGAAGACCCAGAUUAUAACGAGCUACAAAUCAACAAGUUACUGGAUGAAGGAACAUCGCAUCAUCUCAUGAAUUACCGAAGUGGACUUGGCACUCCUUUGCAUUACGCUGCCAGCUCUGGCUCGGUGGAUAUGGAUGAUGAUAGUGAUGUUCGAUUCCGGGAGAAGCAGGACGUGGGCUAA